GCAAUAGCUUGUCCAGCACCGGCGGCUCGGGGCGGGCGAACACAGCGCGAGCGCGGGCAGCUCUGCCUCACGUGGUGUGUGUGCGUGCGCGUGCGCGCGUGUGUGCAUCUGUGUGCACUGGGAAACAACUCUCUCGGAAAUGUCGACAAUUACUUUUUGGAAUUUCGUGAAAAUUAUUUACGGUUCAAAUUCACUAGCUUACGACUGAACAACGACAAAUUUUCGCUGUGUGCGUGUGUCGGUAUCGGGUCCACCCCCAAGUGAUCGCGGCGGGUGCGUGCGCGAAGUGCGGAGACGAACCAUGCGUCGCGCCGCGCCGAGCAGCCGUGCCCCGCGACCCGGACGACGUGUCGGCCAGGAUGCCGUCGACGGGGCGAGCCAAGCGGUGCGCGCCGAGGCGGCCGCGGCCGCGAGCAGCUGAACGUCGUGGAGUUGUCGGCGACGCCAGAGGGGCCCCGCGGGGCCCACCAUGGCGGACGAACAGGGUCGGGAUGGCGGCCCGGGGCCCCAGGGCGGGGGCCCGCUCGCGGCCGGCGCCAACACCUCGGCGAAGUGGGCCACCCGCACGCCCCCCGAGUGGGACGCGGACGCCAACAACAAGUACGCCCGCACCCGCCGGAGGCCGUCCCUGCCCGCCAAGAACCACGGCGACGGCGAGUGGCGCGAGGUGCGGUCCGGGAGGCACCCGCAGUCGCCGGUACGCCGCCUGUCCCCGCGGCCGCCCUCCCUGAGGCCGUCGCCGUCGAGGCCGUCGUCCAGGCCGCCGAGCCGCGUCGCUGAGGCCGCCGCCGAGGAGGCGCCGACCAGGGUCGACACGACGACGCAGGCGCAGCUCGACCUGGCCGAGGCCGUGGCGAGCGGCCUCCAGGCCGAUGGCCACGUCCACCACCCCCAGGGGUCGCCGACCACCCCGACCAACUCUCCGAGUGAGGAGCGGAGGCGGCUGCUGCAAGGGGACGUGCAGCGCUCUCUCUCGCACAGCAGCGAGCGUCCGCCCAGCUCCACCAGCACCACCCGGGCUGACGAGCAGGAGCUGUACGACGAGUACAACGCCCGUCUGCCGUUCAUCGUCGAGCAAGGCGCCACCCCGGAGACGGGCGAUGCCGCGAGCCGCCCGGACACGCCGCUGCCCUACAGCACGGUGGCCAGGCCGAGCAGCCUGGGGCUGCCGCUGCUACCCAGCCUGCCGCCGCCCACCUCACUGGUGUGCCUCAGGACGCCCAAGACCCGCAGCGCCAGCGUGCACCCCACCGGCAACGGCCCCUGGGAGUACUCGUCGCCCACCCCCUUCGGCCAGCGGUUGUCCGUGUCGGACCACGCGAGCUUCGAGUCGAGCAUCCUGCCGGGGACGCCGCUGCCGGGCAUCGCGGAGGAGACCAAGAACAAGAAGAAUGCCGUGCUCGUGGCCGCCCAGGCUGCAGCCACGGUGGCGGCGCCCGCCACGGCCUCGGCCCUCGCCAAAGCCACCCUGGCCGAGCUCAAGCACUACCACUUCGGCUCGCUGGAGAAGGAGACGGCCGGGCUGCCCGUGGCCUCGGACCCCGACCUCGGCAAGUCGCAGUCGCAGGCUGACCACAACACGCUGCUGUUCCGGGACGGGCGCAGGCGCAUCGACAUGGUGGUCGUGUGGGAGGUGGACACGUCGGGGGUGCCCACCGAGGCCGAGGCGCUGCGGGGCGAGCGGCGGCAGCGCUUCCAGGCCGCGCUCGAGGCCGAGGGGCUGCAGCUCGAGUUCGAAGGGCCUCAGGCGACGCAGCUCAACCUGCUCGGCGCGGUCGGCGCCAGCGCCUCGCCGGUCUCCGUCCGGGACUCGAUCGUGCGCGGCCUGCGGCGCGCGUACCGCUCCGUGACGGACUGCGAGUGCGAGAACCAGCCCGGCGAGGACAAGAAGCACCCCUGA